AUGAGUGAGGAACAAAAUAAAACAGUAUGGGAAAAAGUCACAAGGAAAAUCAGACGAUUCAAAUGGAAAGACAUUUUUACAUGGCAGCUGCUGAAAACACUGGCCAUGGGUCAGGGCCUAUCAGUGCUGAUUUGUGGGACUGCAGUCACGUCUCAGUACCUGGCUACGGAUUUCCAUCUAGAUGUACCAAUGUUACAGAGCUGUAUCAAUUACACACUUCUGGGCCUCACCUACACUACAGCACUUUGUUUCAGAAAAGGUGAAGAAAACAUUUUGCAGAUCUUAAAGCAAAAAUGGUGGAAAUAUUUAUUGUUGGGACUGGUAGAUGUGGAAGCAAAUUACACAGUUGUGAAAGCAUACCAGUACACCACAUUAACCAGCAUACAGCUGUUGGACUGCUUUAUUCUCCCAGUGCUUUUAAUCCUGUCCAGAAUUUUUUUAAAGACACGCUACAGAAUUAUUCACUAUGUGGGUGUGAGUGCAUGCCUGGCUGGUGUGGGAACCAUGGUGGGAGCAGACCUCCUUUCAGGCAGAGACCAAGGAUCAACCAGUAAUGUUCUUCUGGGAGAUGGUCUGGUUAUCAUCAGUGCCACUCUGUAUGCAAUCUCCAACCUAUGUCAGGAGUACACAGUGAAGAACAAGAGCAGGGUAGAGUUCCUUGGAAUGCUUGGCCUGUUUGGAAUGCUGAUCAGUGGAAUACAGCUAUUUGCUCUAGAGUAUGUGAAGUUGACACAUAUUCCAUUUAAAUGGGAAGUUGUUCUGCUUCUUAGUGGAUUUGCUCUGUGCAUGUAUGCACUGUACAGCUGCAUGCCUGUGGUGAUCAAAAUGACCAGCGCUACUGCUGUUAACCUGUCUCUACUCACUGCUGAUCUCUUCAGUCUGUUUCUGGGUCUCUUCCUGUUUCAGUACUCUUUCUCAGGACUGUAUGUUGUGUCAUUAAUUGUGAUCAUGGUGGGUUUCACCAUGUACAAUGCUGUACCUACCCCAACCCAAAGCGCUGAACCUCUGUCUGAAGUGGAAGGACAUUACAACCAGGCUGCUGAAUUUGAUGAUGAAAGACAAACAGGUUCUGUAGUGAUUACAUCCGAACAACAACAAAAAACCAUCUCAACUGAAAAUGAACAAGGGCAUGUUAUUAACAGUGCUAAAAUGUAGCUUAAGUAUCACAGUAACAUUUACAGUGUUUGGUUAUAUGCAGAUGACAACACCAAACUUGGUGCCAAAAUAUUUAACAAAAAAAAUGUUAGGAAAGUGCUGUAUUUUUUUAAAUGCCCUAAUGACUUUUCGAAAAGACUGGAUCUAUAGGACAAUAUACCUUUACCUAAACACAUAAGAAAAACUAUCUAGUGUCUAGUGCAACAGUGGAUUUUUAUAGCAACCGAUGUACUGUAUUAUUUAUUAUAUGGCCAUUAAAAGAAACA